GUCUUAAAAUUUGUCUUUUGGAUAAAGCUUAUAGUCAGGGCUGGAUCAUGUGACCCUGAACCCUCCAUUAUGCUGCAGUAAGCAGUGGUAGGUAGUGAUUCUUCUUGGAUCUGGAACUUUCUCCUUGCCUUUGACCUGUCACACUCUGCUGUUUGCUUUUUUCCCCUCACACCUAACUGUUCGCAGCACAUGACUAUUACCUGAUGAGCAUGUUUCUGCUGGAAGGUAGGGUCUUUACCUUUCAAUAUAAAGUGCGUUUAGUUGAUUGUUGCUGUGAAUUGGCACUAUAUUAAAAAACUGAAUUGUCAGGAAUAGCAUUUUAGUUCAAUUCAAUAGAAAUAGCGUAAGGGAGGUGGAUAGUGUCAUUAUGGAUUGCUAGCACAAUACUUCAGCAUUUUUUCAUUACUUAGGUUAAUGCAGUUUUUCUGUCAUCUUCCUUUAACUCAGAUUACAACACAAAAACAGACGAAUACGUCAUCUAAACUGGGCUGAGCCUCAUAACUAGAGAACACACUUUAAAGUGAGAAUCCACACUAUCAGCAGAUGAGCCAUGAUGGAGUUUAUUCAUGUUGCUGUCACUGUUCUCAGCCUUCUCCCUCUUGGGCGCUCAGCUCCUGUGACAAGCUGUGAGAAUCUAAUCCAGCCUCGUGAAAUCCCCGGAAAUCAACUGCUGGGAAAAUGGAUACUACUAGCAGAGAGGACAAGCAUACCUGGAUCCAAAAUGCUGGUACAGAUGCUUAUGGAAAACACCUGGGUGAACAUCACUGCUGCCAGUGAAGCCGAUACAUUUAACAAUCUCCAAAUUCAAAAAAAGAUGGGCAAGUGCUUCACAUUGAAAACCAACAUGACUUUGGUUAACAACACUCUCACUAUAUUGCACACUUACCGAUUGUCUGGUGUCCUGCUGAAUACUGGCUGCCCUGACUGCCUUGUUAUCUACUCAAAUAACACCAUCGGAAGAAUCGCAGUCAAAGCUCUCCAGCUCCUGAGUAGGAGAGUUAAAGUUUCUGCUGCUGAGCUGGAAGAGUUUACAAAGCAGGCAGAGUGUCUGAACCUACAACCACCUGCUAUCAUGGACUCGGAAAAGGGUUUGUGCCCAGAUCCAACUCUUGCCCCAGAAACAAAGACCACUGAUGUAACUGCAGACAGCAUAAGCUCUGAUGAGCUCAGCCUUCUAGAAAAGCUUCUCAGUAGUGAAAGUGGAGUGAAGACCCUUUUGGAUAUGAUCCAAAGAAGUAUGGCUUCAUUCAAGCAAGACUGACUGCUAUGACUGUGAAGAAUAUUGCCACUAAAAAUAAAGAUGCUAAAAAAAUAAAAAA